GGAAGCACCAGCUCCACAAGCCCUGAGCCUUUAAAAGGCGCAGUCCAGAAGAUAGGCUCGUUUAGAAUUUGUGGAAUUUCCUCUGGAACAAGAAAAGCCUACCUCUGCCUUUGCAUCAUGGGGACCAGAGACCUCCUCUUCUUGGCCCUCAUCUGCCGGCUAGCCUGGGCUGGGACAAUGGAAUCAUGUGCACACCGCUGUGGAGAGCAACUGAACAAGGCAGCUGACUGCCAGUGCAACCAUCAGUGUGAGCAGCACAAGGACUGCUGUGAGGACUACGAGAAACUGUGUACAAGUCAAGAAGAGCCCAAAGAAAUGGAGACAGAGACAGAAUGGGAAGAAGAGGCAGACUCAGCCAGCAAUAUGUACAUGGCACCUAAUUCUUGCCAUGGCCGUUGUCACGAAGCUUUUGACAAACACCACCCAUGCCAUUGCAAUUCAAAGUGUCAAAACUUUGGGAACUGUUGUGAAGAUUAUGAAAGUCUAUGUGCUCAUGAUGGUUUCUCCCGAAGGAGUGAUGCCAUCACCAAGGAUGAACUCCUGACUAUCUCAGAAAAGAUCUACAAGGCAGACACCAACAAAGCCAGAAAGGAAGACAUCAUUCUCAAUAGCCAGAACCGUGUCUCUCCCUCUGAAACAAAUGACCAAGUGGAUCGUUGCCCUGAGCCGCUCUACAGCUAUGUAAACGAAGAACUCUUCUCCAAACCAACCUAUGCUGCAUUCAUCAGUCUACUCAAUAACUACCACCGGGUAACAGGUCAGGGGGAACACUUCAGUUCUCAGCAACUUGAGGAACAGGACACUUUUCUUCGAGAGAUAAUGAAGACAGCAGUCAUGAAAGAACUCUAUGGCUUCCUCCAUCAAAAAAACAGAUACAGCUCAGAGCAAGAAUUUGUCAGUGACCUGAAGAAGAUGUGGUUUGGGUUGUAUUCCCGGGGCCAUGAUGAGGGCGACUCCAGUGGCUUUGAACAUGUUUUCUCUGGUGAAGUGAAAAAGGGAAAAGUGUCAGGAUUCCAUAACUGGAUCCGCUUCUACCUGCAGGAGAAGGAGGGUCUGGUCGAUUAUUAUAGCCACAAUUAUGACGGGCCGUGGGAUUCUUAUCCUGAUGUGCUAGGAAUGCAAUUCAACUGGGAUGGCUACUUCAAAGAAGUGGGAUCGGCUUUCAUUGGCAGUAGUCCGGAGUUUGAGUUUGCUCUCUAUUCCUUGUGCUUCAUCAGCAGGCCUGGCGGUGUGUGUCAUUUGAGCCUAGGUGGGUACCCCCUGGCUAUCAAAACCUAUACCUGGGACAAGGUGACCUAUGGAAAUGGCAAGAAGUACAUUGCUACAGCCUAUAUAGUAUCUUCUACGAAUUAGAGUUCUGGGAAAGGAAAGAACGUGAGGUUCACUGGAGGUCUUCAGGAGCUGUGGUGCUAUCUGCCCUGGUCUAGAGUUGGGAGGUAUUAUACACUGACCUAUUUGAAAUGGAGUUUUCAUCAGAAAAAUGACUGUCAAAGAAGGUUCGCAAGCCUAGAAAAGGCCAAAAAGGAGAAAGAAGAAAGAUUUAAAUUAGGAAACAAUGACGACAACCACCAAUGAAGAGGAAGAUCUGGACCAAAGUCCUCUAGCAUUUCUGCACUGAAGACUAGUGGAUACAAUUUAUGAGUAGAAUAUUGAUAACUAGGUUUUAAAAAAAACUAAUAUGUUAUGGAACAACAAUUAUAAUAGCAAUAAUAUACCUGCCUAGAUACUAGUCCAUUCCACCAUUACAGACCUCAAGUAUAUUGGAGAACUCAACUAAUAAAACAUAUUAGAACUAGAUCAGUAUGAACAAAUCUGUUGCCCACAAUUGCCUAGGUAUUACACUAGACAGAACAAUCAUUUAAGAACAGUAUUUUAAUGUUAGCUACCCCAAAUGUUCAUAAUCUCCAAACUCCAUGAAAUAAAACUUUUCACAAUAGGAAAGCCUAUAGCAAAGGAGAUUAAAAUCCAUGCAGGGAUGGGAUGAGAAACAAAUGAUCUCUGAGGCCAUCUCCAUCUGCUAGGAGAGUUGUACCAAGGAUGCUUUCAGAGAGCCUACAGAAGAUGAGCCUACCUCCUAAUACUUUUAUUCAACUGUAACUAGCAGUUAUUUUGUAUAUCUGUGAAGUAGUCUGUAAAACAGCAAAUAGAAAAGAACAAUAGCAAGAUACCAACUUGUACCAGACUGUCUCUAAACAGAACUUCCUCAAAAAAUAAAUAAGAAUACCCUGAUAAAAUAAAAAUAAUUGUACACUUAUUGAGGUCAACCAGAAGUCAUGUUGCUAUCUCACUGGAGCAUUAUACAUACUGAAAGGCGUGUUACCAUGCUUUUUGGUGAAACCAUAUAGCUUGAUAUCAUUCACUGACGUCAAGUAAGUAAUAAGAUGUUUUGGUUUAACUUCCUUUUAACUUGAAGGUGAUUUUUAGUUCUCUUUAGUAGAGAUCUCAAUGGAUUCAAGGAUGGACAGUCCAUAAUGGACUUAAACAAUCUCCCUAAAAAAUACCGUGUUUUAUAUUGGUCCAUUCAUAGUAUUGUGUCAGUGGUAUGUUAUAGAGAAGAGUUUUCCACGUGAACACCAAAUACUCUAGCACUAACACAAUACGUGGGUCUAUUUUUGUAAGCGUGCAAUACACAAACAAGCCACAUAUGUACAACUGAAUCAAAGGACUAAUGAUCAUUAAUAAAGACACUAAACAUCUCAGUACUUUUGUGGGAUGUUCAAUAAUUGGAUAAUAAAUAAGUUGCUCUUUAUACUCCUGGGAUCUCAGCACGCCCUUUUGUUCCUCAGAUAAUAUAUUAUUUUCUUGUGAAUGUUUAUAGACUUUUUUCUGUGAGAAGCUGUGAAUGCUUUGUAUAAAGGACAUAAUCUGUACUUUGAGUGUUGUUCUUAUCUUUUGUUAGUAGAAAUGUCAUGCCUUCUGUUAAGAAAGAUGAGAUCAGGCUGGGAAAGUGUUUUGCUCAUAAUCCAUGUGCCACUGUGAAGUAUUUGAGCCAAUGAUUGUGUAGCUUAUCUGGUCCUAUUGCUUUAGAGUUUUGAAGAAAGGCUAGUUUGUGUCUCUUCUGUCAGUUCAUUAUACUGACAGUGCACAGUUUUCCAUUUCUUGUUUUAUUCAAUGUAUAAUUCCACUCUACAAUACAUGGAGACAAGUGGAAGUUGUCUGUGUUCUCCUUCUUUUGGGGUACCCUUUCACCUGCAACUUCUCAAGCUACUGUAGUAAAGUUUUUGUUUGAUUGAA